CUUAAACCCCUCUAUUUUUUUCUUACCCGUGAACCCCAAAUUGCUAUAUUAUUAUUUUUUUAUGUUGUUGCUAUUCAACUCUUAAACCCCAAGAUUCAAGAACUUGUGGAAAUUUGCUUAAAUGGGGGCAUUUUUCAAUAGGGUGCAAGUGUUUUGAUACUAAAUUCAACUUUUUUUCGGGUAUAGCAAUGAGCUUCAGUGGCUCUACAGCUGGUUCUGGUAGCGGAACAACUAGAACAUCUUUGGAAUUUGGGAGGACUCAUGUUGUUAGGCCUAAAGGAAAGCAUGAGGCAACUAUUGUUUGGCUACAUGGUCUAGGUGAUAAGGGCUCAAGCUGGUCCCAGCUUCUUGAAAGCUUUCCACUUCCUAAUGUCAAAUGGAUUUGCCCAACUGCUCCUACUCGCCCUGUUGCUGCCUUUGGUGGAUUUCCCUGCACUGCUUGGUUUGAUGUAGGAGAUAUUUCAGAAGAUGCUCCUGAUGAUUUGGAGGGCUUAGAUUUUUCUGCAGCACAUGUUGCAAAUCUCUUAUCAACAGAACCAGCUGAUGUGAAACUAUGUGUUGGAGGAUUCAGCAUGGGAGCUGCAACUGCUCUUUAUUCAGCUACAUGUCAUGCAUUCAGUCAGUAUGGUAAUGGAAGUCCUUAUCGAGUUAACCUGAGUGCAGUUGUGGGCCUUAGUGGCUGGCUUCCUUGUUCAAGGACAUUAAGGCGACGAAUGCAAGGAGUGAAUGAUGCUGUAAGGCGUGCAGCAUCUUUGCCAAUUUUGCUCUGUCAUGGCACUGGUGAUGACGUUGUGGCAUAUCAACAUGGAGAAAAAUCUGCAAGAAUUUUAAGCUCAUCUGGUUUCCAGAAUCUAACCUUCAGGACUUAUGAAGGGCUUGGUCACUACACAAUUCCUGAAGAGACUGAUGAAAUUUGUCACUGGCUGUCUGCAAAUUUGUGUCUCGGCGGGACAUGAUAUGAAUUGCUGAAGCUCUGGUAUACGUGAUAUACACGAAGAAGAAGAUGAAGAAGAAGAAUAACAGCCAUAGUGUAUGAACAGCUAACCUAGGGAGAGUGGUUCAUGGUAUACUUGCAUUAUGCAUCCUAUUAUAUUGUCUUGUCUAUUAGUAUCUGUUGUAUCAGUAAACAAUAAAUCACGUGUGGCUAUCCAAGUUUUUACAAAUUUGA